CCCCGCCCCUCCACGGCGCUUCCUAGUUCGGCUGGUUCUUCUGUAGCCGGCUUCAGCAUCCCGCGCCCGGGCAGGAAUAGAAGAUGAACAAACCCAUAACACCAUCAACAUAUGUGCGCUGCCUCAAUGUUGGACUAAUUAGGAAGCUGUCAGAUUUUAUUGAUCCUCAAGAAGGAUGGAAGAAGUUAGCUGUAGCUAUUAAAAAACCAUCUGGUGAUGAUAGAUACAAUCAGUUUCACAUAAGGAGAUUUGAAGCAUUACUUCAAACUGGAAAAAGUCCCACUUCUGAACUACUGUUUGACUGGGGCACCACAAAUUGCACAGUUGGUGAUCUUGUGGAUCUUUUGAUCCAAAAUGAAUUUUUUGCUCCUGCGAGUCUUUUGCUCCCAGAUGCUGUUCCCAAAACUGCUAAUACACUACCUUCUAAAGAAGCUGUAACAGUUCAGCAAAAACAGAUGCCUUUCUAUGACAAAGACAGGACAUUGAUGACACCUGUGCAGAAUCUUGAACAAAGCUAUAUGCCACCUGACUCCUCAAGUCCAGAAAAUAAAAGUUUAGAAGUUAGUGAUACACGUUUUCACAGUUUUUCAUUUUAUGAAUUGAAGAAUGUCACAAAUAACUUUGAUGAACGACCCAUUUCUGUUGGUGGUAAUAAAAUGGGAGAGGGAGGAUUUGGAGUUGUAUAUAAAGGCUACGUAAAUAACACAACUGUGGCAGUGAAGAAGCUUGCAGCAAUGGUUGACAUUACUACUGAAGAACUGAAACAGCAGUUUGAUCAAGAAAUCAAAGUAAUGGCAAAGUGUCAACAUGAAAACUUAGUAGAACUACUUGGUUUCUCAAGUGAUGGAGAUGACCUCUGCUUAGUAUAUGUUUACAUGCCUAAUGGUUCAUUGCUAGACAGACUCUCUUGCUUGGAUGGUACUCCACCACUUUCUUGGCACAUGAGAUGCAAGAUUGCUCAGGGUGCAGCUAAUGGCAUCAAUUUUCUACAUGAAAAUCAUCAUAUUCAUAGAGAUAUUAAAAGUGCAAAUAUCUUACUAGAUGAAGCUUUUACUGCUAAAAUAUCUGACUUUGGCCUUGCACGGGCUUCUGAGAAGUUUGCCCAGACAGUCAUGACUAGCAGAAUUGUGGGAACAACAGCUUAUAUGGCACCUGAAGCUUUGCGAGGAGAAAUAACACCCAAAUCUGACAUUUACAGCUUUGGUGUGGUUUUACUAGAAAUAAUAACUGGACUUCCAGCCGUGGAUGAACACCGUGAACCUCAGUUAUUGCUAGAUAUUAAAGAAGAAAUUGAAGAUGAAGAAAAGACAAUUGAAGAUUAUAUUGAUAAAAAGAUGAAUGAUGCUGAUUCCACUUCAGUUGAAGCUAUGUACUCUGUUGCUAGUCAAUGUCUGCAUGAAAAGAAAAAUAAGAGACCAGACAUUAAGAAGGUUCAACAGCUGCUGCAAGAGAUGACAGCUUCUUAAAACUUUAUUGGAAUAGACUUUUUAUAAACACGUAUCUCAACCAUUUUUUUAACUAAUUUUUUUCCUAAAUAUUCUUCUUUACCUUUAACAAGGCACAGGCUGUUGCAGGACAGUGGUUAUUAAAGCAUGGGUUGAACUUCCAAAAUAUAAAAAUAGAGCCACCAUAUCAACACUUAGCUCUACCCAUUAGUAUCACCCCCAGUUCUUACAGUAAUCCCUGAGAAAUCUCCUUCAAGCAUCACCAAACACAGUUUGAAAAUUACAGGGUUAGCUAAAAGAGCCUGGGCUGUAUGUAGGGUGGAAACAGUCUGAUCUGAAGCCCAACUGACUCCACUACUAAUUUGCUGUAAAGCUUUGGACACACACUUAGCUGCUGUGAGCCACUAAUAACAUUGGGCUAAUAUCUGCUGUGCUUCUCUGACAGGUAUCAUGAAAAUCAAAUGAUGCAGAAUAUAUACAAGCACUUUGUAAACUGUAAAAUGAUACAAAAUUUAAAGUUUAUAGAGCCAGUUACAAAAUCCUAUUAGUCAUAUAUUUAUAGAUUGUGUUCACAGCAAUCAUUUAACCACAAAUAAAAUAUCCCUUGUUGAUACUGCC